CUGGUGGCACUGACUGGCAGCACUGCUGGGCUGCACUGGUGGGCGGCACUGGUGGGCAGCACUGGUGGGUGGGCACAGGUGGGUGGCACUGGUGGGCACAGGUGGGUGGGCACAGGUGGGUGGCACUGCUGGGCACAGGUAGGUGGCACUUCUGGGCACAGGUGUGUGACACUGCAGAGUGGCACAGGUGGGUGCACUGCUGGGCACAGGUGGGUGCACUGCUGGGCACAGGUGGGUGAUCUGCUGGGCACAGGUGGGCGGAGCUAGUGGGCGCACUGCUGGGCACAGGUGGGCGGAACUUGCGGGUGGCACUGCUGGGCACCGAUCAUCAGGGCACUGAUCAUCACGUGUCAUUGGACACCGCUGAUCACGUGGUAAAAGGCCGCUGUGAUUGGC